AUGGCGCCAGUGACUCACGUUGUUAUUUUCCAAUACAAAAGCUCCACGACCGUUGAGGAGAAACAAAACGUCGCGUCUUCCUUCCUUGCAUUGCAGGAGAGAUGUCUAUCACCAGCAAACCCAGGCUUCGCGUCUCCCGGAAAGCCAUACAUCGUGAGCAUCAUCGGAGGUAGCAACAACUCUUUAGAACCAAAAGCAGCGGGUUACGAACAUGUUUACGUCGUCACCUUUGCCUCGCCGGAACAUCGAGACUACUAUGUCGGAUUAGACCCAGAGUAUGCCGAUCCAGCUCAUACGGCGUUCAAGAAGCUAGUUGGGCCCCUGUUGGUCGUGGAGAGAAUCGCAGUGGCGGACUUCACAGAUGGAGAGUGGUCAGACAAGUGA